GUGGAAAAGAGAUGAAAGGAAAAAAGAAAAUCGAAUGGAAAAGCAGCCACGGCCGCAGCAGCAGUGUGAAAAUCGAAUGUGCAAAAUUUUGCAGCUUCAAAAAUUGCAGCGCCAGAAAUUGUAAAUAAUUAACAGUAAAAAACAAGAAAAACUCACCACCAAAGAAAGUUACAAACGAAAACGCUUAGCCCAAAACCAAAGAUGCAUAAAUCCAAACAAAUAUGAUACAUAGCCAAUAUGUAUAUAGAAACUAGUAACGAUAAAUAAGAAGUUCAAGAGCGAGGAAAACACCGAUCCCGGCAAGCAAAUGUCCGGAUAAGGGAGCCGCUACCUGACCAAUGGAUGAAAAUGCAGCCGUCGUCGCCGUCACUUUCGCCGUCGUCACUUUCGCAUCGCUUUUGUCAGCAGCAGCAGCAGCCGCAGCAGCAGGAAAAACAGGAAAAGUCGGAAAAGCAUCUGCAGGAUCAGCAGCAGAAGGAGCAGUCCAAGCUGGCCGGAUACUCGCCCUGCCACGCCCACGCCAAUCGAACGCCCUCGGUCGGUACGGCAGCGCUGCCUCAGCCGGCGUCGACGCCCGCCCCGGCAGCAGCGGCCUAAGUUGCCCAACCGCAAGAAACCCACUUCGAAAUAGCCCAUCUAAGCAGCGGAAGCAGCACAAAUUGCAACAGAUAUUGCAACUGCCCCUGCAACAGCCACAGAUACUGCAGGUGUAACUGCAACAGCAACCGAAAUUGCAGCUGCAACUGCAACAGCAACGCACACAAGCACAACGCAUAGGGCAGCAGCACAGGCACAGGCAGAGGCACAGGCAGAGGCACACAGGGGAGCAGCAUAAACCGGAAGCGGAAGGACAGGACGGACAGGAAGAGGCAGGACGGGCAGCGGACACAGGCGAACAAAAUGGCGGAUGGUGGGCAUUCAUUCGUGAAGAAGACAUUUCAUAAGCCAACAUACUGUCACCACUGCUCGGACCUGCUCUGGGGCCUCAUCCAGCAGGGAUACAUCUGCGAAGUUUGCAACUUUAUCAUUCACGAACGAUGUGUCAGCAGCGUGGUAACGCCCUGUUCCGGCAUCGCUCCAUGUAUUAUAAAGAAUCCCGUGGCCCAUUGUUGGUCCGAGCCAACUCAUCACAAGAGAAAAUUCUGCACAGUCUGCCGUAAGCGAUUGGAUGAAACGCCAGCGGUGCAUUGUUUAGUCUGCGAAUAUUUCGCGCAUAUUGAGUGCCAAGAUUUUGCCGUGCCCGAUUGCACCGAGAAUGCCACGUAUGUGCCGGGCAAGGAGCUGCUUAAUGUGAAGCAUCAGCAUCACUGGCGAGAGGGCAAUCUUCCAUCAACGUCCAAAUGCGCUUACUGCAAGAAAACCUGUUGGUCCUCGGAAUGUCUCACUGGCUAUCGCUGCGAGUGGUGUGGCAUGACGACCCAUGCCGGAUGUCGCAUGUACCUGCCAACCGAAUGUAAUUUUGGUAUUCUACAACCUAUCUACUUACCUCCGCACUCAGUCUCGAUCCCGCGCACCGAGGUGCCCAUCGAGGCCAUCAUCGGCGUCCAGGUCAAAUCGAAGACUUCGCUCGUGCGCGACUACUCGUGUCCCAGUCCGGACUUGAGCUGCCCCAUGCCGGGUGGCCUUAACCUGAAGGAGCUGCUCGAGCUCCACAGGCAAAGGCUCGAGCAAUCGAAACAAAAUUUUCUCCUUUCCACGCCGCCCACGCCCACCUCCUGUGGCUCCAUCUCGCUCUGCCACUCGCCCACGCCCUCCUCGCUGACAGUGGGUGAGACGAGCAACGAGCAGGAUCAGCAGGAGCCGGAGGAGGAGCCCGAGGAGGAGAACACGGAGCAGGACAGCGCCCUGCAGCUGACCACGUCCACGUCGAAUGUGAUCGGCAAUCUGCAGAAGUCGCCCUCGGCCAACUCCUCGCUGCACCUGCUCUACACGAAUCUCUUCCGGAAGCUGGGCCAGGGCAAGCGCAGGCGGAAACGGGGCUCUAGCGGCGGAGGCAUCUCGCCCAGCGAGGACGAGGACGAUGUGGACGGCGGUGUCUGUGAUAUAAGCGGUGGCGAUCUUAGCGAUGACUAUGACCACUGUGACGUCGCCCUGCGCCGGCGAUCCCUGCGCAGUCGCCAGCCCAGGGAUGUCAGCGAGACGGAUUACCAUGGGGACGCCGAAGCGGAGGUGGAUGGCGAGACGGCGCCCAGGGAGAGCUGCUACGAGACCUCCGAUACGGGUGGCGAACUGACCAACACCGAUGACCUCGACAGCAGCCUCAAUCUGAUCAGCAACCUUAGCUAUAAUAGUAGUAAUAACAGCAACGCCUCCAAUGCCCCAGGAGGAGGAGGAGGAGGAGGAGGAGGAGUUGCUAGAAGCACCAUUACCACCACCACUGCCCCGGGAAAGUCCGGACACGCCUUGAGCGUCCAGGGCGGACGCCAGCAACCCAAGACUGGGGCUCUGGCCCAAAUCAAGCCCAAGCCCAAGCCCAUACUCAUGCCCAAGCACAAGGCGCAGGGCAAGGGCGGCUCCCUCAGCUCGCCGCUGUCCAACUCCAACUCCAGCGACUGCUCCUCGGCCUCGCCGUCUGCCCCGGCCACGCUGCUGCAGCUGUCGCCGGUGGGCAGGAGCAAGUCCUUCCAGGAGUCGGCGGCCAUUACGGCCGUGUCGCGCUAUAAAAAGUACGGACGUGGACUUUUCCAGCGUCGACGCUCGAAGAGAUCGCCCAAGAAUGCGGUGGGAGCGGCGGGCGGUAAGAGCAACUACAGCUUGGACAGGCUGUCGCAGAACAUCGAGAUCACCAUCCAGGACGAGGAUGGCAAUUACCAGCCGUACGACGACAACUUUCACAUGCUCGCCAGGCGACUGGACGCCACCGAUGUGGACGACGAUGUGGGCUUCGAUGAUCUCUACCUGGACGACCGGCCGAGCGGGGCCAGCGAUGAUCUGGCCUUUGCCGGCGACAUCAGCGACGGGGGGGCCAGCAGCCGGUCGCGGGCCAGUGACGCCAGCGAUGGCCAUGUCCUGGGCCGACUGCUCCGCCAGGUGCGGCAGGGCCUCUCCGUCGGCUGGCGCAAGCCGCGCUACCAGAAGCGCCGAGCACGCAGCAUAUCCGAGGAGUUCAGCAGCGGCGACACACCCCGUUGCAAGGACGAGGAUGUGGCCAGCAAGACCGAGCCGGGACAUGGACCCACCAGCAGUGGUGGCGGUGGUGCAGGAGGCGGCGGAAGCGGCGGAGCAGGAGGCUCAUCCACGGCUGGUGCCUCGUCAUCGGCUGCCGGCGGUUCCUCCGGCCAUUAUAGGCCCGACUCCGGCUCCGGCCACAAGUCGGAUAAGUCGGAGAAGGAUCGCGAGAAGAAGGAGAAGGAGCGCGAGGAAAAGGAUAUAGAGAUGAUCAAGGUGUUCGAUGGCAACAACUCAUUCCGACGCCAGCAGUACCGGGUGAUCAUCGUGCAGCGCACCUACACGCUGGAGCAGCUGCUGACCACCGCCCUGCGGGCAUUCCACAUCACGCGCGACCCGCAGGCCUUCUACCUGACCGACCUGUACGCCCCGGCCGGCAUGGAGGACACCCCCAUGCUGGACCCCACGCCCGUGCUCAACCUGACCCAUCUGGAGGGCAAGAGGCCGGCCAUUUACCUACGGUUCCACGACCGCGACCGUGGCCAUGUGCGCGUUUACCCCGGCAAGCUGCAGUGCUCUUCGCUGGAGGAUCCCUACGUCAGUGUUCCUGUAGAUAAUAGCACAGUUAUUAAGGAUUUGAUACGCGAUGCCCUGGACAAGUUCGGGCUGCAGGACAACCAGAUACAGGACUACAGGUGCUCGGAGGUGCUGCUCGAUCGCGGCGUUACCGAACGCAUCUUGUCGUGGAACGAAAGGCCCUGGGAUAUUAUGAAGCAGCUGGGCAAGGACUCCAUUCGCCAAAUGGAGCUCAUGCGGUUCUACAUGCAGCACAAGCAGGAUCCACAUGGUCCCAACAUCGCCCUGUUCGUGGGCAACCUACCCACUGGUCUCUCGCAGCGCAACUACGAGCAGAUCCUCAACAAGUACGUAACGGAUGAGAACAAGUUCAUCAGCAUUGGACCCAUCUACUAUGAGUAUGGCUCCGUGGUGCUCACCUUCGAGGACUCCAUGAAGGCGGUUCGCGCCUUCUACAAUCUCCGCGAGACCAUCAUAGAGGAUAAAAAGCUACUGGUAUUGCUACUGCCUAACAUUGAGCCCAGCAUGGUGCCCUCGGAUGUGAGGCCACUGCUGGUCUUCGUCAAUGUGAAGUCUGGAGGCUGUCAGGGAUUGGAGCUGAUCUCCAGCUUCAGGAAACUGCUGAAUCCCUACCAGGUCUUCGAUCUGGACAAUGGUGGUCCUCUGCCAGGCUUGUAUGUAUUCCGACAAAUAACCAACUACAAGAUUCUGGUUUGCGGCGGGGAUGGCACCAUUGGUUGGGUGCUGCAGUGCCUGGACAAUGUGGGCCAGGACUCGGAGUGCUCUAGUCCACCCUGCGCCAUAGUUCCCCUAGGAACUGGCAACGAUUUGGCUCGCGUUUUGUGCUGGGGCUCCGGUUAUACCGGCGGCGAGGAUCCCCUGAAUCUGCUGCGCGACGUCAUCGAGGCGGAGGAGAUACGGCUGGACCGCUGGACGGUUGUCUUCCAUCCGGAGGACAAGCCCGAAGAGCCGGCCAUGAAGGCGCCCUCGCAAACAACCGGUAAGAAGAAGAAGGCACACCAAGCACACCUAUCGCAAUCGCAACAAACCAAUCAGCAUCAUCAAUUACCGGCUCUGACAUCGAGUGAUAUAUCAGGUGGAGCCCAAAACGAGGAUAACUCCCAGAUCUUCGUGAUGAACAACUACUUUGGCAUUGGCAUCGACGCGGACCUCUGCCUGGACUUUCACAAUGCGCGCGAGGAGAAUCCCAAUCAGUUCAACUCGCGGCUGCGCAACAAGGGCUACUACGUGAAGAUGGGCCUGCGCAAGAUCGUGGGACGCAAGGCUGUCAAGGAUCUGCAGAAGGAGCUGCGCCUGGAGGUCGACGGCAAGAUCGUCGAUCUGCCACCCGUCGAUGGCAUUAUCAUCUUGAAUAUUUUGAGCUGGGGCAGCGGUGCCAAUCCCUGGGGUCCUGACAAGGACGACCAGUUCUCCACGCCCAACCACUACGAUGGUAUGCUGGAGGUGGUCGGCGUCACGGGCGUGGUCCACUUGGGUCAAAUCCAAUCCGGAAUUCGUACGGCUAUGCGCAUAGCCCAGGGCGGUCAUAUCAAGAUACACUUGAACACUGACAUGCCCGUACAGGUGGAUGGUGAGCCCUGGAUCCAGAGUCCCGGCGACGUGGUCGUCCUCAAGUCGGCUCUUAAGGCCACCAUGCUGAAGAAAACGAAGAGCAAGCGCCGUCUCACGGAGCCGCAUAUCUCGCCGGCGGUCCUGAGUCUCUCGGUGGCUCAGCAGGGAUCGGGCUCGGGAUCGGUGUCCGUCUCGGGGUCCCCGCAGUCCCUGUCGCAGCAGCAACUGCAGCAGCAGCAGCAGCAGCAGCAACAACAGCAGCAGCAGCUGGCCGAGAAUGGGGAGAAGGAGGCUUCGAUGGCCCUGCCUGCCGGCUUUGGCAGCACCUAGAGCUUGGCUACCGGCCUGCGAUAUUGGUUCUCCUGUUUCAAUCCAUAAAACCAGAUAGACAGAAUAGCCAAGAUAACCCCCAUAGCCCCGAGCAGAUCAGAUCAGAGCAGUCAUAAAGGCCAAAUUGUAAUAGCCGCUAAUCGAAUAUUUAGGCAAGAGCAAAACUCCAAUGCGCAAGCAAAUAAAACAUAAUCUUCCAAAAGCGAGAAAUAGCAUUAACAAGUCAAAAGAAACGAGAAAAAAGAGAAAGUAAACAGUAAAAACUAAAAAAUAGCUGUAAAUAAAAGUAAAAGUGCUGUCGAGCUCUGACUACUUUGAACCACCACCCAAGAACACACACCACCCACCAAGCCAACCAAGAACCACCCACUGCACAAGAAGAACUGUGACCACCGCUAUUGAACUUGAACUUAGCUAACUGAAGCCACCACUAUCCACCUCAGAACACCGUACACACACCAAACACACAAAACACACCUUACACACCACACACGCGAAACACACCACAGCGCCUAGAAGUUGUCUACAAUAUUUUACCAUUAAUUUUUAUGCAAUAAUUUUGUAUUGAUUUUCCCUCUUGGAGCAUCGAAUUCGAUCGAAUUUGUGUCCAUUUCUAUUUCCGUUUCCGUUCCGUUCUCAAUUGCAAGCUUUCGUAAUCCAUCAUUCAGUAUCGAACUAUGUAUAACCGAAACCAUUUAGUUGAUUGAGUUCCGUUGCAUUUUGCCUGAUUUCUCAGCUAGCUUUUGAAGCACUUAUAACUCAAUCUAAGCUAAGGCAAACGAAAUUUAUUUCCUUUACGUUAACGCUCUAUUUUCUUACUCUCUUUUUCUCUCCAAAAUGAAAAUACACUAAAAAAAAUUCACACUAUACAAAAAACCAAAUGCUAAAAAAUGUGACUCUAUGAAAUCGAAACUUUUUAACUAAUUAAUGCACCGGACGCUUCUUUGCCUUUUCAAAAUUUCCCCAUAUUUUAUCUCUCUAAAAACCUUUGAAAAUGAAAAUCCAAAAUGAUUACCGUUGCACGCAGGCCACCAUGUUGAAAAAGAACAAGCUGAAAAUGAAACGCCGGAACACGGAACCCACCAUGAUGGUGGCCGGCUCGGCCGCCCCCCAGCUGUCCUUGGCCCUGCCGCCCAGCGUGGGCGAGGUGGGCGUGGCCGGGGAGGGCGCCGAGGGCGACGGCGGUACGAACAACACGGAUUUCUGAAUAUGGUACAGCGAGCGUCUGAUUUAACGUGCUAAUUGCAGCGCAGAACCAAACUGCAGACACCCACACCCCACCCCCUCAGACACCCACCCACGAUAAGCCCACCCGAUCCCCCCACCCGACAGCAAAAGCAGAAGCAAAAGCAAAACCAAAUCAGCAGCAAGAGCAGCAUAAGAAGCAAAAGGAGCAGGAGCAGAAGCCAUCUCAGCAGUCCAUAGUUCACACACUAGAAACCAAAAAGAGCAGGCAACUCGAAAAUCAAAAGCUGUAAUCAAAAUUACUUGUAAAAAGAGUAAAGUCCUGAAACCCUAUUAGAUCGGAUUAGAUGAUCAGUUUAGCAGCUCAGCGAACCCGGCCGCCUUUCCACGUCUGAAAUAAGUACGUUAAACUCAAACAGCUCGAUCCAACACUGUCCGGCCGCAAAGACUCCAAAAACAAGAUGCGUAACGGGCAGGCAGAAAACGAAUCAAUAUUCAAGUGUUAAGCGAAAAACAAUAGAGGGUAUUAGAGUGUAAAGAGGAGAUUUUAUUCAAAAACACACACACACACACACAGCAAUAGUCUGGCCAAAGUUGUAUCAAAUUCAAGUUCAAUUAUGUUCCUUCUCGUUUUGUUCCUAUGUAAGCAACAGCAGAAACCGAUUAGUGAUACCGUUAAACAGAGAGAAGCGCAAGCAGUAGUAAAAGAAACAGGGAGAAUGAAACAGAAAAACAAAGAAAUGUAAAGCUAAGGCUAGAGAAAACCGAAGAAACAAAACAAAAAGUACAAAAUUGUUGAAAAUUGUUUGUUAUAACUAAAUGAAAACGCGUAAACCGAAUUAUGACAAAAAAGAAGAAGAAGAAAAAGAAAAGCUAUUACCAAACUUGGUAAACAAUGUUGCGUUCCAGCGAACCCAAGUGUUCCGAAACCAACGAGAAAAAUGAAACACCCAGCCAGGUCAAGAUACAAACGUACAGCAGAUGCGGGAAAAUUUAUACGAAACUUUUUUUUAUUGGUCGAUCGAUCGAUUCGAUAUUGAAACUUUGGAGUGGGGAAAAAGCUGCAAAUUGCAUAGUUGGCUAACUACUAAUUGGGACGACAAAAAAUUGAAAACCACAGGCGGGCCUAGCUCGUCCUGUGCGCCAUUUGAAUUACAAAAUGGAAAACACCUUUGGAUUGUGCAAUUGGUAUGAAUUUUCUCCGCUGCUGUGCGUCCAAGAAAAAUGUGAAACCACGAGGAAUAGGAAAAUGCAUUUUCGAGCGUAGGCAAAAAUGGCAUCGCAAGUAUUUCACCUGCAUUUGUCUAGACGAUGAAACAAAGAGAAAACCAACUUAUUUUGGAUGUCAAAUCCGCCUAGAGGAAUGGAUGAUGAACAAAAAGAAGAGGAGAAGAGGAGGACACAAAAUCCGAAAACUACAAUUUCAACUUUAAAGCGCUUAUAAAGAAAACAAUUUUUGAAAGUUUUAUAAUUAAUUUGACAUUACGUCUUAUGUGAACGACACGAGAACACACCACACCAGUACCAGGACAGUUGAGGAACUGAGGGCCAGGGAAGGGUCGAGUGCGGAUCCCCCGCCUCAGCGGCUAUUCGCCUGCGCACUCGGCCCAUCCCUGGCACACUACACGAAGCGACGACGCGGUCCAGCUGGGUGCGGGAAUAGCCGGAUCCGGUUCUUCUCUAACCAGGAUAAGCCCUUGCGAGCGGGACGCACCCGGCUCCGGACCCGCCGCCCACACAAGGCAACACCGAAAGAUACACACGACCAUGAACAGACUAGAGUUUUUCCCGCGCAAGCCAUUCAGACACGCACUGCCAUGGUCAAAGGUCACGGAAAUCGCAUGGCAGUGUACACCAAAAUCCAGAAUAUCCAAAUCCGAGCCCAUUCUGCUCGCUCCGCCCCCCGGAACCGGCAACGGACCUAGGGGGUGGGGUGGCGGCAGGGCGGGGCCAACUCGGUUUGGGAGCCUAACAUAUAUACACACACUCUUUUAAGGAAUACACCACCCUUUGCGUUCGGCAAAUCACCUCCGGCUGCGAUUAAGGGGCUCAGUGCCAGGGGUUAAUCGGAGCACACUCGACCGAUUUCCGUGACAUACGUCUCUGCCGUUGCAGGCAGAGAUCGGAGGACGCGCCGUUCGCCACCAGCCGGGGGCUAUGCAAUGGAUUGAACGAAACAUGCGCCAGAGCCAAUUUUUAUAUUUGACCAUUAAGAAAAACCUAUGAUUUUGCUUUACCAUUCGGAACCACUGAAUCAUCCCAGAUUGCGUAGCCCUCGGCGACCGCCGGCGAUGCGGCGUCGCCAUCCGACCCAUCCUCCAGGAUGCCUUCCAAAAUUGGCAUCUACUGGAUCGAUUAGCCCCCAGCAAAUUGAAUCGCAGCCCGCAGGAGAUUUGGUUUUUUAUCGCCUCAUUUCGUACAAAGAGAAACCGCAACAUGAAAACACUGCACAUCGUUUUUAACACCCUGGCGUUAUGUUUUUUGAAUGUAUUUAAAAGAAAAAAGAAAAACAAAAAACCAAAAAACCAAAUAUAAGAAAAACAAAAUAUGGAACACACACAAACACAAAUGAAAACCAAAAAAUAGAAUGUAAGUUUAAAUAAUAUGCUAUUCAAAGAAAUCCAAAACAUGAUUACCCAUAAAACAAAAAACAAAAAAAACGCAAAAACUAAAAAUACUAAUUAUAGUACAUACAUUGAUGUAGUGUUAAUUGUAAGAAACCCAGAAAUUGUUUCAUGAAUGCCAGAAAACAGAAAACCGAAAACAGAAAACCAAACUCCAAGCAGUCGUAGAUGCAGAUACAGUAUCGAAGAGAUUCAGCUGCGCAAAAGCCCGUAAAUGUACAAGUAACUAUUUUUCUCUAUACCAAAAACCAAAGUAAAAGAAAAACAGAAAGUAAAUCUCCACCAUUUUUGCUCCACAUUUAAGAAACAAACUCGGUGCAGGCAAAGAUUGAAUUUAAUCGCAACAAAAAAUACAGCGAUCAGGGGCUCUAAACGCCGAGCGAUCAAGAAAUUUUUAAUUGAAUUGUAACAGACUACGCAAGCAAAUACGGAAUUUAAUAUUAAAUGUACAAUAGCGUCGCUUUAAAGUCUAUAAGAACAUUUUGUUGCAAUGCAAGCGUGGAAUCCAAAACCAAAUCCGUUUGGCAUUGCGACAGAUUCGAAUGACAUCAACAACAAGAGAAACACACACAACACAGAAGAUAACUGCAAAAUAAAUGUAACUGACAUAACA